AUGGUUGCCGAUGGCAUAGCGGUGGCUGACAUUCGUAACGCCGUCAAUGUUCCUGAUGAUAUCCUUCACUCUUUCUUUCCAUUGAAUGGAGUCCUCAACUAUGAAGGAAUUUACAAACCAUUGCUUGCAGUGCAACUAACAGAGUUACGCGAUGGUAUCUUUAUAUCUUGCACAAUGAACCACUCUGUUUCCAAUGGCACUCCAUUCUGGCAUUUCUUCAACACUUGGUCUCAAAUCUCAAGAGGUAGCAGAGGCGAUAGAGAUGAUCAUCGUCAAGCACUUCAAGUGUCAUCACAACCGCCUCCUCUUUUCGCCCAUCGGUACCUCAACGGCAUCAUUGAACUCCCACUUCGCAUUCCUUUCGAAAUCCCUCGGACGACUUUCACUCCUCCACCGCCGAUAUUCCAACACAGGGUGUUUCAUUUUACCAAGCAAACCAUUUCACAACUCAAAGCCAAAGCCAAAACCAACGCCAACGCCAAGAUGGAGAUCCAUAACAUCUCUUCACUUCAAGCACUCUUGGCUCAUUUUUGGAUAUGCGUUACCCGUGCCAGAAAUCUGAAGGCGAAUCAAGAGGUUUCUUUAGGGGUUAUGAUAGGCAUGAGGAGCAGAUUGGAGCAAGUAUUUGGCAGGACAGUUUCACAUACAUCAGAAGAAGCAAGGAAGUUGUUGCAGGAUUGGGCGAAAGAUCCUAUUAUGUUCAAAAGUGCAGGAAUUACAGAUAAUACAACAUUGUCUUUAGGUAGCUCGCAUAGAUACAACAUCUAUGGUAAUGAUUUUGGUUGGGGAAGACCUAUUGCAGUUAGAAGCUCACGGGAAAACAUGAGUGAUGGGAAAAUGACUGUGUUUAGUGGGGCUGAAGAAGGAAGUAUAGAUUUUGAAGUUUGGCUUUUUCCUGAAGUAAUACAGGCUAUGGUGAAUGAUGCUGAGUUCAUGAACACUAUCACCGUCUAA